AUGUACCGGACCCAGCUACCCCGCCCAAGCGACGAGUCUCGCCUAGCCCGCAGCAUAGAGAAGCUCUGUCUCCGGCGUAGCGACUCGCCGCGCCGAGCCAAGCCCAGCAGCCGGCUCGCGCCCCACGUCCACAAGGUCGCGAGGCCCGAAAAGCUCAGUCCCGCGCGCGCCGCCACCCUCCCCGCCGACCAACGGCCGAGAGGCACGGGCCGGCGUCGCAAGAGCCCCCUUGCUCGUCCCCCACAGUCCCUCGCCCUCGAGGGCCCCGGCAACGGUAGUGGCGAGCGGCAUCAGCAGCAUCAGCAACACCAUGUCCGGCGCCGAAUGUCCGCCCCGCACGGUGGCGAGCUAGGCGACCACGGCGACGGGCGCCAUCAAAAUUUCGUCGACGUUCGGCGUUCGCUGGACCUCGCGCGGCUCCUCGGCGCCAAGCCCGGCGUGCUCGUCCCCAUCUUUGAAAAGUACGUGCAAGGCGCGCGCGAGAACAGGCCGGCCUCGCUGUGUUCCUCUUCCCUCGGCGGCGAGCCCGAGCGCGAGUCUGGGGACGUUUCGGCGGACGUGGCCGCGGCUGCUGCUGCUGCUGCUGCUGCUGCGCCCGAGGACGCGUUCUACGUCUGCCACUUCCUCUACCUCAACCCGGAAGCCCACGCCGGAUGCCUCGCCCACGGCAACUUCCGCAACGCGUCUGACGCGCUGGCCCACCACGCCACGCACCACCUCCUCCCGCACUACUGCCCCGUGUGCCUCGCCAUCUUCCCCACGCCCGCCCGGCAGCGCGCCCACAUCCUCAAGCGGCGGUGCGAAAAGCGCGACUUUAUCCAGUUCCACGGCAUCAGCGAGGAGCAGAGGUUCCUGCUCUCCGUCGUCGACCCGCGCGCGACGGGCCCGGAGCAGUGGCGUCUGGCGUGGCAGAUCCUCUUCGGGUCCCGCGUGCCGUGCCCGACGCGCGGAGAGCUGGAGGCGUUUCGGCGCGACCUCGCCCUCGUCGAGGACUUUUGGCACGCUCAAGGUCGCGACGAGGUGAAUACGUUACUCGCCGCUGCGCUCCGCAGCGGCGAAACCCCGUCGAUCGGGUCCGCGGACUCGGAGGCUUUCCAGGCGCUUGGCAAUGAUGUCGUUGCUAGGCUACUCAUACGUUUGAAGCCCAACUAUUUGGACUGGACUCGAGCUUAG